UUCUCUCCCCCUUCCUCCUCUCUCUCUCUCUCUCUCUCUCUCUCUCUCCCUCUCUCUCUCUCUCUCUCUCUCUCUCAGUGUACUUCUCUGUUAACGGGAAUCCCCUCUUCAUUUUUUGUUUUUUUUUCCACUACAUGGGUUGAGAGACGGCGACACCUCACACUUCGGUUUUCACACGUCGGUCACAGCGCUGUCCCCACAAAACAAAGGCCGGCAACUUCACACUGUAAGUCGAGAGAGAAAGAGAGAGAGAAAGCAGCAGCGAUGCCUGAUGAUGCCAACAACAACCAGAGCCAGCUGUGCCCGAUCCUGCAGAACAUGAUCCGGUCGCAUAACGUGACGGCGAAGGGCAUCGACUACACGUCCGUCUCCAUCCUGAGCCUGGCGUCUGCCAUAGGGAUCCUGGAGAACGGACUCAUCCUCUGGGUUGUGGGCUUCCGCAUGCGCCGGACCGUCAUCUCCGUCUGGAUCCUCAACCUGGCUCUGUCCGACUUCCUGGCCACCACCACCCUGCCCUUCUUCGCCCACUAUGUGGCCUCGGGCCACACGUGGCUCCUGGGGCGCUCCUUCUGCAAGGUGCAGUCCACGGUCUUCUUCGUCAACAUGUUUGUGAGCGCCUUCCUGCUGGCCGCCAUCAGCCUGGACCGCUGCCUGCUGGUCCUCUUCCCCGUGUGGGCCCAGAAUCGCCGGAGCGUGGCCGUGGCUUACCGUGUGAGCCUGGGGGCCUGGCUCCUGGCUCUGGCCAACGCCCUGCCGUACACGGUCUACCGCACCGUGAUCGGGACCGAGGACGGUCGGCUGUUGUGCUACCACGACUUCGCCCUCUACUCCCAGGUGUCCCAUUUUGGGCUCGCAGACCUCUGCAGGUUCAGGCAAGGGCUGUCGGCGGGCUCCAAGUUUCUGGUGGCUUUUCUCUUCCCCUUACUGGUCAUUGGCGGGAGCCACGUCGCCGUGGCUCUGCAGUUGAGGAAGAGGCGUGGAGGAAGAGGCAGCAGCGGCAGGCAGUCCAGGAGGUUCCUGAAGCUGGUGGUGGCCGUGGUGGUGGCUUUCUUCUGCUGCUGGUCUCCUUACCACAUGAUGUGCGUGGUGGAGGCGGUCAGCCACGACCAGCCGAGGCUCCAGGGCUUGGUGCAGAGAGGACUCCCGCUGGCCACUACCUUCUCCUUCCUCAACUGCGUCCUCAACCCCUUCCUGUACGUCUUCAGCUGCCCCAAUUUCUCCACCCGGAUCCGGCAGUCGCUGAGCGCGGUCCUGGAAGGGGCGUUGACGGAGGACACAGAGAUCUUCUCCCGUCGGGGGACCCCGCACAGCCUGACGUCCGCUUCCCUGUCGACCAGGGUGGCACUGUCCACCUACACCUUCCAGCAAUGCAAUGAGUCCAAGAAGAAAACGCCUUGCGUUGAGUUUUAGUAGAAGGCAGGAUGGGAGGUCCAGCGGUUAAAGAGGCUUGAUACCAGGAGGUUCUGUGUUCAAUCCCAACUCAGCCACUGAUUCACUGUGUGUGUGCGACCCUGAGCAAGUCACUGAACCUCCUUGUGCUCCAUCCUUCAGGAUGAGACGUCAAACAAACAAGGUCCUAUUGGAAGUGACUCUACAGCAGCAGUUAUUAAAUAGUCAUUUAGCAAGCGCUUUUAUCCAAAGCGACUUACAGAGACUAGUGGGUGAACUCUGCAUCAUAAACAACUGCUGCUGCUGCUGCAGAGUCACUUCCAAUAGGAGCUUGUUUGUUUGACGUCUCAUCCGAAGGACGGAGCACAAGGAGGUUCAGUGACUUGCUCAGGGUCACACACACACAGUGAAUCAGUAAUAAUAAUAAUAAUAAUAAUAAUAAUAAUAAUAAUAAUAAUAAUAAUAAUAUCACUGGAAACUGGAAACCCAGGACUCAGCAAAAGCUGGUAAAAAAAACAAAUGACAUCCAAAGCUGUUGUGUGUGUGUGUGUGUGUGUGUCUGUGUGUGUGUUUGGGUGGGUUGCGUAGCUGUCAGGAGGAGAGUAUUACUUGCAUAAAGGUUUGGUAUGACUUCACACAGUCACAACAGUAUCAAUGUCUUUAACAGUAAAAAUAAUAAAUCAUGCAGGAUGCGGAAGGUAUUGAUAUGUGUAACGUCCCUUAUUAAACUCCCCCCAGCCUCCAUUGUAAAAGCACACCAAAGUGGAAUAAAGGAUAAAGCGUGGUAAAGCAUAGGGAAGCAUUGUAAAGCACAGAGAGGUGUGGUAAAGCAUAGGGAAGCAUUGUAAAGCACAGAGAGGUCUGGUAAAGCACAGGGAAGCAUUGUAAAGCACAGAGAGGUCUGGUAAAGCAUAGGGAAGCAUUGUAAAGCACAGAGAGGUCUGGUAAAGCAUAGGGAAGCAUUGUAAAGCACAGCGAGGUCUGGUAAAGCAUAGGGAAGCAUUGUAAAGCACAGAGAGGUCUGGUAAAGCAUAGGGAAGCAUUGUAAAGCACAGAGAGGUCUGGUAAAGCAUAGGGAAGCAUUGUAAAGCACAGAGAGGUCUGGUAAAGC